AUGCCGGUGAAGGACCUGAAGAAGACGGUGAAUCAGACGCGCCACGUGCUCGAGGAGUUGGGAAUGACUGCUUUUUGCUACGCGCUGAGAGACUGCAUCGUGCCACAGCUCGAGGCCCAUGCGGAACAACUGGAUGCCCGGAAGCAGGAGGCCGAAGAGUCCGGAAGCGGCAGCUGCGCGCACUCCGAGGUCCUGAAGCAGCAACUUCCGGAACUCCGCCGGCAGAUGCAAGAGGCGGCGGAUACUCUGAGGGUAGACGGUCAGCUGACCCAGACGCCGCUGAUUUCGGGCAAGGCGGCCGCGCUUCUGCAGCUGCUUGAGACCCUCUUCCUGGGCAAGGAUGGCAAGGGCGACUUCCGGGGGAUCGUGUUCGUCACACAGGUGGCGCUGACCAUGCCCCUGGCGCACCUGUUGACGGAGCAUUUCGGAAAGAACCGUGCUGUUGUGCGGGGCGGGGCCGUCUCCGGCACGCAGUCCAUGGCAGACAGCAAGAGAAACCAGGAGAUGGAAAGGUUCCGCAAAGGGGAGCUCAACGUGCUGAUUUGCACCAACGCGUUGGAGGAGGGGGUGGAUGUGUCUGACUGUGCCUUUGUUAUCCGCUUCAACCGAUUCGACACUACGAAGAGCCACAUACAGGGAGCCGGCCGCGCGCGUCGCGGCGACGCGAAGAUCUUUUACUUCGACAACGACCCGCAUGAGGAGGAAGGGCGAGCCAAGCUGCUGUCGGAGGUGGCCAAGGACGACACGCUGCGGUUGACAGAAGCGGAGCGCGCGGAACGGCGCCUGGACGCCACGUUGGCCGUGCCAGGAGUCUACCCAUUCUACCCUCCUGGUGAUGCCAAAAGUGAGGUGAACCUGUACAACUGCCUACAGAUGGUGUACGAGUAUUGCGCGAAGACGAUGGGCCAGUCUUUCAAUCCGGAAGAUCUGUUUACCUACGAUGAGACUGUGAUCUCCGUGUACCCGCGGCAGGUGAGGAAGUUCAUCACGGAGGUGAAGUACCCAUCCCCGGAGGGCUUUCUGAAGGUGACCCUGCCGCAAGUGAAUACCCGCUGGGGAGACACCAAGCUGGAAAGCGUUUUGGAUCCGAAUCGCAGCAAGAACAUGAAGCAGGAGGACAAGGACAAGCGGCGGUUUCUGUAUGUCGUCGCGAUCGAGAUGCACGAGAAAGGGCUUCUGGAUGGUAACAACCAGCCUUCCGGCAGGGCUCUCCAUGGCAACAAGCUGGCCUGCGAAGCUUUUGUCAUGAGCCCUGGACUGAGGCUAAGCACCGCCAGCUAUGCCAAGGCAGUUCCCGCGGCCCCUGCGGCCCCAGCGGCCCCGACGACUCCCGUGGCCCCUGCGGCCUCUGCGGCCCCUGCGGUGGCGGCAAGUACGACAGCGGCCUCGGCAUCUCGGCCUGCGACAGCCGAGGAACUGUACAACGCCAAGGGCCAGCUGAACGAGUGGGUGCACAAGCAGUGGCGGCAGCCGGCGGAGCAGCUUCUGUCCUAUGACAGCGACCCCACUCCGGACGGCUUCGUCGCGAAGGUGAGGCUGCUGAAGACCGGCCGAGAGUUUGUGGGCAGCGCCCACAAGAAGAAGGACGCUGAGCAGUCCGCAGCAGCUGCUGCAUUGAAAGAGUUGUUGUGA